AUGAACCCUAACGAACCCCCUAUUAUAGACUUCUCCCGUAAGAACCCAACAUCCUUUACUCCGAAAUACCUAACCCUCCCAGCCUUCUAUACCAACGACAAAAAGGACCUCAUCAAGCAAAUCAAACAAGCAUGUGAACAAUUCGGCUUCUUCCAACUAAUCAACCACGCCAUUCCAACCGAACUCCAAGCCGCAGUUCUACAACACUCAAAGGAAUUCUUCAACCUCCCCUUAGAAACAAAAGAGAAAUACGACCAAGCCAUUGGCGGUUUCAACCGAGGAUACGAACGACUCCGUUCCCAGAACUUCGAAAAACGCACAAAAGGUGACCUCAAAGAAGGCUUCUACCUCGGAAAAGACGUCCCACUAGACGAUGAAUACGUCCUCCAACGCCGUUUCGGCCACGGACCGAAUAAAUAUCCCACCGAACUAACUGACGCACAAGGCUUCCGUCAAGUAAUGGACGAGUACCACGAUGCCAUGAUCGAGCUUUCCGUCGCCAUCAUGCAAGUUCUGGCGCAGACUCUGGGUCUAGAAGAGGAUGCGUUCGAAGAUUUCUGCGAUCAUCCCGUCUCGAUUCUCCGAUUGCUUCAUUACCCACCGCAAGAGGCUGAUGAAUCGGGUCUUGAGAGAGGAAUCGGCGCACAUACGGAUUUCGGCGCUAUUACCAUGCUCCUGCAGGAUGAAACGGGAGGCUUGCAGGUGUGGAAUAACCUCACGUCUGAAUGGGUCGAUGUCACACCCGUUCCGGGGGCUUAUGUUGUCAAUCUUGGGAAUAUGAUGAUGCGCUGGACGAAUAAUCGGUAUUUAUCGAAUCUGCACCGGGUUAUCAAUACCAGUGGCAAAGAGCGCUUUAGUGUUCCGUUCUUCUUCUCCGGAAAUCCGAAUUAUACGAUCCGAUGUCUUCCCUGUGGGCAGGAUGCUUUAUAUCCCCCCGUUACCGUUCAUGAGUGGAUGACGGGGAGGUAUGCGGAUACUUAUGGGACUUCGGAGGAUGCUAUUGGGGAGAUGCGGGAGCUUGGAGAGUGA